AUGGGUUACAAUCAGUCUGGCAACUUUGAUCUUGCAGAAGAAUAUCAUCAUAAAGCUCAGCCAUAUGUUUUACCAAAUAAUAUUAGCGCAGCAAUUUCUCAGUUGUUAGCAGAAAUACCCAAAAUAAAGAUGAUAACUACGUACCAGGAUCCAAACCAUGCUCGCCCAAUUGUUCGCACUGGUUUGCUAAUCAGUAAACUGUUACUUUCAGUUCAUGUCCCAAAUCCUAUUCCGCAACCUCAAUCUAUUGAUGAGUUUAUCGUCAAUGCUGAUCAUUAUCGUCAUCAAGAAGAUUAUACACAAGUACAAAUAGCUUAUACUGAAGCUCUUGAUAAAAUAUUUAAUUUUAAAAGCAGCAUUCAAUUGUUUAAUCCAUGA